AUGCUCUCACGUGUUGCUGCAGUGAAGGCACCCCGCACACACAACCGUUGCCGCGUGACCGGAUCCAGGGGCAGGAGGAGGGAAGGAAGAGAGAGUGAGCCGCAGAGGCCCAACAUGUCCCGGCGUGUGUUCGCUUCCGCUGUGCUGCUCCUUCUCGUCGUGAUGGUGUGGUGCGGCUGUGGAGGUGCACACGCUGUGGAGAACAAUUCAAGUAUUGCCAUUAAUCCAUUUACAGGGACGACAAGGAUAGAUGCUACUUGGAAGGACGUUGAGAUCAAUACCAAAAGUGCUUCGCUUCACGGUCCCACUCUUGUUGAGGUGCAGGGUCAUGUAUUUGCUAUUGCUGAAGUCCAUUGCAAGGAUGGAGGCGACUGCAGCGACGUCAGCUUUACUGGGAUUGCGUCAAAGUACCUUGGUUUAAAUGUUGUUGCUGAUUCAACGGAGAUCUCGACGGCAGAUGCGAGCAUCUUUGGCGCAGAUCUUCUAAAGGAAGGGUAUGAGGGUAUCAGCGCCACAAACGGCAUAACGCGACCAACGACGCUUGUAAUUGAGGACAGUGUGUACAUGCUCCUGGGAAAGCAAAGCCAUACAAAGAAACAGGUUGAACGCACGAAUGAGGGGGGCCUUUUCCUCGUGAAGGGAACUGUCUCUGAUGAGGGCGAAAAGAAGAAAAUCAGAUGGAAUGAGACCCAUUUGGUGAACCCUCAAGGCAAAGCAGCAUCUCUUUCCUUGACCGAGUUAAUUGGCGGUGGAGGAUCGGGUGCUGUGAUGCGUGACGGCACGCUUGUGUUUCCCAUGCAGGCCAAAGGCAAGGAUGGAGAGAGCGUUUUACUGUCCAUACGUCUCCCCAAGCAAAGGAACAAAUGGGAGCUUUCAUCCGAGACGCCUGGUAAGGGCUGCAGGGAUCCAACCCUGGUGAAGUGGAAAGAAGACCAAUACGGCGAAAGACUCUUCAUGAUGGCUCAUUGUGCUGGAGGCUACUAUGACGUUUACAUGUCCACUUUGCAUGGAGUCAGUUGGUAUACGUUGGGUGAGUCAAUUAAUCGUGUGUGGGGCAACUCACAUGGUCGAACAGGGUACGGCGUCCAGAGCGGAUCCACCACCGCAAUCAUUGAGGGAAAGGAAGUGAUGCUCAUCACCGCGCCGGUGUAUGAGAAGGAAAAUGGAGAAGGUCGGCUUCAUCUUUGGGUGACGGACAAGGCACGUGUGUAUGAUGUUGGGCCGGUAUCCCGUGAAGAUGAUGACGCCGCCGCCAGCUCGCUGUUGAUAAAAGAUAAUAAUAAUGAGUUGAUUUCAUUGUACGAAAACAAGAAGAGUGACGGAUCAUACAAUCUUGUUGCUGUGCGCCUGACCGAGAAACUGGAGCGGAUAAAGGAAGUGGUGAAGACAUGGAAGGAUUUGGACAGCGCCUUGAAAACAUGCCGUUCCGGUUCAAGUGGCACUGUUGACGCGCUCAGAAAGGACAUGUGCAAUGGUCCUGUUCCCACUAACAGGCUUGUUGGCUUCUUGUCCGGUAACUUCUCUGAGAACACAUGGAGGGACGAGUACCUCGGCGUGAAUGCAAAAGUGAAGAAUGGGAAGAGAAGGGUUCCCAAUGGAUUGACGUUCAAAGGAUCAUGGGCGGAGUGGCCCGUUGGCGACAUGGGGCAGACUGUGCCGUACUACUUUGCAAACAACAAGUUCACUCUUGUAGCGACGGUGUCCAUCCACGAGGUGCCGAAGGAAGACAGCAGCCCCGUUCCUUUGAUUGGCGUGAGGAUGAAUGACACCAGCAGCACUGUCCUCUUUGGUCUGUCGUACACCCACGACAAGAAGUGGUUGGCCAUACCGGGGAAUCGUGCUGCCUCGAAGCGUGUUGAUGAUAUUGCUAAAUGGGAACCAAACAAGACGUAUCAGGUGGUACUGCAAAUGGAUUCUGAUUUUUGGACUGUCGUUGUAGAUGGAAAGGAAAUGCGCCACAUGAAAUAUAAUACGAGUCUGUUCAACUCGCACAGGAUUUCACACUUCUACAUCGGUGGGGACAGUAAGCACCAAAUUGCAACGGGCGGCCACGUGACAGUUACCAACGUCAUGCUGUACAACGAGGAACUGUCGGAAGAUGAUGUUCUGGAUGAACUCCAUGCCAGCAAAGUCACUAUUCCAUCACUGGGUGUUGAGGAACAACCCACAGGGCAGGUGGCCAACACGGACGCUUUGGUUGCUUCCGAGUCAAACAGUGAAGAAAGCGCCACCAGCCAUGAUGAAUUGAAUGAGAGUGAUACUGAUGAACAGGGAGACAACAGCGUCGAUGAUCCGGUGCCUGCAGCUUCCUCUUCCACGGUUGUCGCGGGAUCAUCUGUUCCUGAACCUGCCAUCGCAACGGAGAGCGCAGACAAUUCUCGUUCAGAUGACAAUGCCCAGCUUUCCGAGGAAGAAACGUCUUGGCAAGACACGCCGAAUGAAGAGAAUAAAUCGAUGCAGCGGGGUUCAGACUUGCAGCCACAAGACCCACAGUCAACGAAAUUAACGGAGGUUACCGAUGUUGAAAUGUCCUCUGGAAGUUAUGAUGAAGAACUGCCAGAGGAGGAUGGGGAAGCGGAUGACAGGAGUGGCAAAUCAACGUCUCCAGUGACUGCAUCGUUGAGUAUGGAAACGGCCGCCGGACCAGUGUACGGUGAGCACCAAGUGCAGAAAAGCAUUGAGCUUUCCGCUGAAAAUAACGACGUGCGGCCCACUGGAACCGGAACCACCGGCGCGGAGGAAAGCCUCAGCCUCGAGGCGGGGGACAGAAAUUCCGAGAGAGCAAUGAACUCAGACAGCAGCCUCACUCCUUCAGGGAUUGACGCCGAACCGAGAUCCGCGGAGGACACCGACAACAUCUCUUGGACUGAGAGGGCCGAAUUUUCUUCUGGAGAAGGCAAGGAGGUGCCACAGACGGUCGACACCGCACCGGCUAAUACAAACACCACGCCUGGAGGCGAAGGGAUCCCCUCAACAAAAGGCGCGGCACGACACUCGGACAACGACACCUUCACCGGGGAAAUUGCGGAGUUGCUGUCCAUGGGUCUGAACCGUGACAGCACCGUGCAUGUUUGUGUGUCUCGGGUGUUGUUGCUGCUGCUUCUGGGGCUGUGGAGUAUUGCGGCUCUCUGCUGA